CGCAAACAUUGUAUAAUUUCAUUAGUCUGUUUGACAAGUGUAUGGGUUUCUGCAAAAUUUCAUAUGGAUACAAACAGCUAAGAAUAACUGUGACCGUUCUGAAUUUAAUCGUUAUUGGAUGUGCAGUCUCCAUAAUCACCGUGGGUGGCAUUUUCUACCAUUCAGUUCGUAAACACAGUGAUAAACUCCAUGAAACUAUUAAGCGAAUUAUAACUUGUCUAGCCACUGUUGCGGCUUUUAUGGUGCUGAUUGGAUUUCUUGGUUUAUUUGGUGUCUGUCUGGAAAGUCCUGAUAUUCUUUCCCUGUAUUCUGUUGGACUCUUUUGCAUAAUUCUCUUGCACCUAGGAACUGGAAUUGCAUGCUUGUUACAUCAGGGUGAGAUGUGGGAUAACCUUCAUUUGAUCAUGAAAAAGGCUGUUGAGACUUAUCACACGGAUCGGAACAUGGGCAUAAUGCUGGAUAAAAUCCACAGAAACGUAUUGUUUCAAUUAUUAUUGUUUCGUUGUAGCUUCAUUGCUGUGGAGCAAGGAACCACUUGGAAUAUGGCAAUAAUAUACCCUUAUCAUGCCAAGAAGAUGGUUUCGUUUACCUAAAAGGUUGUACAGAUGCUUUGAAUGAAUUUGUAGGGAAAUUCUUAAUGACGAUUGCAAUUCUUAGCUUUCUAUUCAUCAGUGUAGAAGUUUUAUCAAUUGGUUUCUCUAUAUGCUUAGCUGCAUACAUCAGUUCAAUGGAUGAAAGAUGACCUCAGAGAUUACAAUCAAUUUCAUUAAUGGUGACAAUAUUCCUUUUUCGAAUUUAUUUUCUACAAUAUAUUUUCUAUAAUAUUUUAAGAUUAAAGGAAUUUGAGAAAAAUC